AUGGCAAAGUGGACGAAUGGGACGACAGCAGCCUCGUUAAUCAAACAUGUUAUCGAAGAUUUCCAUAAAUCUGGAAUCGAUUUUGCUUGGAAAAAGUCGAAAAUACCGUUAAAGCAAAAGCAGAAAGUAAAUACUGAGCAAGAUAAAAAUGGUAUGUUACAUAAUAUACCAAGAGAGGAACAUCUUUCUAAUACAUACCGCCAUUACCUGUCCAGUACAAUGCGUUUGAAAGCAUUGCAGGAACGUUAUAAGGGCAAUGAGCGUUCGUUAGAAGAAAGUUCCAGACUUGUUGGUUUAAAAAUGCCUGCUUCGAAAUCAUAA